AUGGAUUUGGGGUUGGAUGAGACACUGAAGCUCUGCAAGCAGAUCUUCGCCGGCGAUACCAUCGAAUACUCUAAAAGAACACCAGAGUACCAAGCGAAGAUGGAAACGCUUAUUCGACAAGGCAUUGAUGCUGCUCCUGACCACAUCAUUCGAUCUCGUCGCGAAUUGGUCCAACACACUGCGGCCUUUCAUUACAUCAUUCGACGCUUCAUCCACGAGAAAGCACCUUUGAUCGAGGAACUCAUGCGAGAGACACAUGAGAUCCUGGUAGCAGGCACAGGUGCUGGCAGUGCUGGCAGUGCUGGCUUCUUGAGUAACAAAGAGCAUGGCGGCUUGUAUCGCACUGGGAACGUAUUUAUUGGAAGUCAGAAAGCACCACCAGCGAACAAGGUCGCAGAGUCCAUGGCAUCACUAGUACGAAAACUGGAAGCAGACCUCGCCGAAGCCGAAGAGGAGAAGAAACUCGACCCUUUCGCACUUGCUGCCAAGUAUUGCAGCAUGCUGGUCUACAUUCACCCUUUCCAGGACGCCAACGGUCGCAUAUGUCGCCUUAUCUUGAAUGCUAUACUCAUCAGAUAUGCCGGAAUCGUUGCCAGCCUUGGCGAGCAUGACCAGAGCCGCGAUGAAUAUACUGAAACAGCAACUGAGUCGCGCGCAGUAGGAGGUCACCAUGGGGCAUUGGGUACGAUGGUAUUGCAGGAAGCAAAGAACAGUUUGAAGCGUAUGAAGGAUAGGCUAAGCAAAAUCAAAAAGAAGAGGAGUCGAAAGCAUCUGGCCGAAGCUUAUGAAAUUGGAUUCUUGCACGUCACCACGACAGGACAGAGAUUGAGACCUCGAAGUGUCACGUGCUUUCGCGAUUUUCUUGGCGCGUCAAGCGUGUCUUCCGCUCAAGCACUCAUUCCAACAGCACCACACAAUUAA